GAAUUCGAAAGCAGUGCGAAGCGAUGUCGGACCUAUCACAGCAUUGCUAACAGACAGCCUAUUACAGUAUUUAAUAAAAACAGAAACAGCAUGCCUGUCAUAGGCUAAUCGAUCCUGCCUCCUGCACGCUUUAAAAACAGUAUGAAGCAGGCUUCUCGGAGCUUCAGAGAACUAAUUUCGAGCCUGGCUGUCUAGCGUGCCGUCACUCCUAUUGUCCUUCCAAACUCUUUCAGACAUUUUGAGCAGGGAGUAUUAAAGCUAUGAGUUAAACAGGGCUGUGACAUUAAUGGUCCACAAAGGCUUUGGGCACGAGAGGUAACGAUGAUUACCGGUGGCUCUUUGGAGGACUGCGCUGGAUCGCUGUCAUGAAACAUUAAGCGUGGCUUUUGAGGAAGAUGUGACAACUGCCGGAGGUCUUUUCGCCAUUCCUCCAGGACCUCCACUGUAAGGAAAGGAGCCCCUGGACCAACAUCCCCUAAGAUGUUUAUAUGGACCAGUGGCCGGACCUCUUCAUCUUACAGACAUGACGAGAAAAGAAAUAUUUACCAAAAAAUCAGGGACCACGACCUCUUGGACAAAAGGAAAACAGUCACAGCGCUGAAGGCCGGAGAAGACCGGGCCAUCCUCCUGGGGCUGGCCAUGAUGGCGUGCUCCAUCAUGAUGUACUUCCUGCUGGGCAUCACACUCCUUCGGUCCUACAUGCAGAGCGUGUGGACAGAAGAGUCUCAGUGCACCUUGCUGAAUGCAUCCAUCACAGAGACAUUCAACUGUUCCUUCAGCUGUGGUCCAGACUGCUGGAAACUCUCCCAGUACCCCUGCCUCCAGGUGUAUGUUAACCUGACUUCUUCUGGGGAAAAGCUCCUCCUCUACCACACUGAGGAGACAAUGAAAAUCAAUCAAAAGUGCUCCUACAUACCUAAAUGUGGAAAAAACUUUGAAGAAUCCAUGUCUCUGGUGAACGUUGUCAUGGAAAACUUCAAGAAGUACCAACACUUCGCCUGCUACUCGGACCCAGAAGGAAACCAGAAGAGUGUCAUCCUAACCAAACUCUACAGUUCCAACGUGCUGUUCCACUCGCUCUUCUGGCCCACCUGUAUGAUGGCGGGGGGCGUGGCCAUCGUUGCCAUGGUGAAACUCACUCAGUACCUCUCUCUGCUCUGUGAGAGGAUCCAACGGAUCAAUAGAUAAAGCAAAACCGGACGACAUUAUUUCCUUUAAAGCUCAAAUACUGUUUUCUUUCAUUCUUCACCAAAGAACCUUAAGUUUGUAAUGUGCAGUCUGUUAUGAGUUCCUUAAUCUAUUCUUAUACGUAGAGCAAUAAUGCAAAAGCUGUUCUAUAUGCAAACAUGACGUCUUUGUCAUUCAGGAGAAGUCACUGUUUUGUGUGGGUUGGUUGUUUUCAUUAUCUUCUUUCAGUGCUGGAACUAGUACUUCCGUCUCUCAUUCCGCCAAAAUAGGGCUCAGUUACCCAUUUGCCAAGCUUUCUGGAAGAAUGUCGAUGAUAUCAAUGUGAUAAAGUCUGUAUUCUAAGUUGUCAGAUCUCUUGAAGACAAUAUUUUCUAUCAUUCAUUGUUUACUAAAGCUACAGCCAAAAAUAUUUUUUUCUUUUCUUAUUCUGAACUGAGCCCGAUAGCAAGUGAAGGGACCAGAUUUCCUAAUUAAAGGGUGUUAAGCAUUUUUCUUAUAUUUUUACCAUAUUACUGUAAAAAAAGGAAAUAGGAGAAACCCAGCCAGCUAGUUUUCUUUCAUUACUUUUUAUUCAUAACCUUAGAUUUUUUUAACUAAUUUCCAAAAAAUAAACUGUUUUUCAUCAGCCAGUUCUCUAUUAUCUUCCUGUCAUUUAAGCACACAAUGAACAGAGCCCUUUUCCAGUUAAGACCCUGCUACUGUGUAAAGAAAUGAUAUUUCGGAGGAGUUUCGUUUCCUAUGACUGACGGAACGUUGGUGAGUGUUCCCUCAUAAUCCAGGAAACCCAUCACUAAGGAUGUGUGUGGAAAUCCUUAUUUCAUGUCACCUGAACUGUUAGAUGCUAAAAUCAAGAUGCUACUUGCUGGUAAAGACUGGUGGACUUGUUUCAAUGGGUCGAUCUGUUGUGGCAAAUUAACAUAUUGGAAUAUUCCUCUUUGGGAAUUUCGUUUAAGUUAAUGGAUGCGUAGUCUCUCCUUCUGACAAGUGUUUCCUAUUGAGAUUUUAAAGCUACAUGCACAGAAUAUUUGUCUUCUCUACAUGUUUUAUUUUUCUAUUUACAAUUCUUUUUUGUUGUUGUUAUAUUUUAUACACAAAAUAGACCUUUUUUCUAACACAUAUUUGAACUGAAUAACAGAUUUAAAGGAAGACUUUGUUCACAUUGCUAUUUAUUGUGUUUGGGGGAAGCGAGGGAUUGGUUUUAAAUAAAAACAUUCCAUCUUUUAUUUAAUAUCAAUAGCAAAAGAAGACAAACAUCUACCUUUCUCAUCUAUAUUUAAGUACCUUUUUGUAAUGUAGUAUCAAAGUUUUUUAGGUAUCGCGAAAUUUUACAAAUCACUUGUGGAAUGAAUGGCUAACCUAAUCUGAUGAAGUGGAAAUGAUCCUGCAAUAUUGUAAUUCAUAGUUCGACUUUUCAUAAGCAAAUAAAUCCCUAGGGUGUCAGGUCUUCUGAUGUGUAAUUAAAAUUUUUUAAAUAA